GUCACGCAGUGGGUUUCAUGGCAUCUGGUAGGCAGGAAAGAACUUCAUGGAAGCAGCCAUCAGGGGGAGCAGCCUACUAAGUCCUCAGUCCAUGUUAACAGCCAAGCACAGGAAUAACUGGCAAAGCACUCACACAAGAAAAUUAUGAAAGGAGUAAAACAAUAAAGAAGUAGCAGAGGCAAGGCUGAGAAUGCCCUCUCUAUCCACACCUUUACUGAAGAAAGAAGAACCCUCAGUUUUGGGAAGUAAGGAUGUUUUCCCCUCCAGUGCUAAAAAUGGAUAUCUCGCAGUCGGCCUCAAAGACAGAGAAGAGAAACACAUGAAGAAUCACACAAGCAAGGCAGUCCAAUACUAAAACGAAGUCCUGAUAUCACCAAAUCACCGCUAACAAAAUCAGAGCAGCUUCUGAGAAUAGAUGACCAUGACUUCAGCAUGCGACCUGGUUUUGGAGGCCCUGCAAUUCCUGUUGGAGUAGAUGUACAAGUUGAAAGCUUGGAUAGUAUUUCAGAGGUUGACAUGGACUUCACUAUGACACUCUAUCUGAGACAUUAUUGGAAAGACGAAAGAUUAUCCUUUCCAAGUACCAACAACCAAAGCAUGACCUUUGAUGGCAGGCUUGUGAAAAAGAUCUGGGUGCCUGACAUGUUCUUUGUACAUUCCAAACGCUCUUUUAUCCAUGACACCACAACAGAUAACGUCAUGUUGCGGGUCCAGCCAGAUGGAAAAGUACUUUAUAGCUUAAGGGUAACUGUAACAGCCAUGUGCAACAUGGAUUUCAGUCGCUUUCCCCUCGAUACGCAGACAUGUUCAUUGGAAAUUGAAAGCUAUGCCUAUACUGAAGAUGAUCUUAUGCUUUACUGGAAGAAUGGGAAUGACUCCCUGAAAACAGAUGAGAGGAUAUCACUCUCCCAGUUCCUUAUACAAGAAUUUCACACUACCACCAAGCUUGCCUUCUAUAGCAGCACAGGCUGGUACAACCGCCUCUACAUCAAUUUCACUUUACGUCGACACAUCUUUUUCUUCCUGCUUCAGACCUACUUCCCUGCCACUUUGAUGGUCAUGCUGUCUUGGGUGUCCUUUUGGAUAGACCGCAGAGCAGUGCCUGCAAGAGUUCCCUUAGGGAUCACGACAGUGCUGACCAUGUCUACUAUCAUCACAGGCGUCAAUGCCUCCAUGCCUCGGGUGUCCUACAUCAAAGCUGUGGACAUUUACCUCUGGGUCAGUUUUGUGUUCGUCUUUCUCUCAGUAUUAGAAUAUGCUGCAGUGAACUAUUUGACUACAGUGCAAGAACGGAAGGAACGGAAGCUACGAGACAAGCUUCCUUGUACUUGUGCACCACCACCUCAGCAAAGACAAAUGAUGGGGAUGGAUACUAGCUACAGUGAUGGGGAGGUGAAUGAACUGGGACAGUAUGUUUCUGAAAAUGGGGAUAAACAAGACAGAAUGAUGGUCCAGCUGGCACUUGGUUCAGAAAGGAAUUCAACCAGGAGGAAAAACCAGAGAUACAGCAGCAUGAGGAUUGAUACCCAUGCCAUUGAUAAGUAUUCCAGAAUAAUAUUCCCAGGGGCAUACAUUUUAUUUAAUCUGAUAUAUUGGUCUAUUUUUUCAUAGUUCUACUUUUUUCUUUAGCCGGUUGCAUGUGGUAUAUGCAUUAACUGUUUAAAACUGGCAUCAAGCAAACAAAUUCUACAUUCAAGACAGUUUUAG